AUGAUGCUAGUGGAUUAUGAACGAGUUCGACUUGAUGAAUUUUUGGAAAGUUGUAAGAAUACCAUCAUAAUAGGGGGAGCGCCUACAUCUUAUGCAGAGCAUCGCAUUAAUACAGAGAAUAGCGUACCAAGUGCACUGCCACCAUACCGAAUGUCACCUGCCAAGAGAGAGGUACUGAAAGCCGAGUUAGAUAAACUCUUGGAGGAAGGCACUAUCGAAAAGUGCGUGGGUGUCACCGUUCUGGACUUACCGGCACUUACAGAUGUCAUUUAG